CUUACCUUUCUCUUUUCUUAAUUCCGUCUCUAUCCUCUCUACUACUCCCCUUUCUUCAAUCCCUCUCUCCCUCCCCGCUCUCUCUCUCUCUCUCGCGAUUAGAUGGAAUCAUUGCUAGCAAGUUAUGCAUCUUCUUCGGAUGACGAAGAAAAUAAUUCAAUCAAACCCCCACCUGCACCUCCUUCAAAACCAUCUGUAUUCUCAUCUCUCCCACCUCCCAAAUCAAAUCUCUCUAAACCCUCCCCUUCUUCUUCUUCUUCUCAACAAACCACUCCCAAAUCGACAACCCCUUCUCAACCUAACCCUAAACCCUCUUUGUUCUCUGCCCUUCCCAAGCCCAAAGCACAAACCAUAGACACGCCCAAAAUCCCAAAAAAAAUCGUCCAAUUUCGCCCACCCAUUAACCCAAUCACCCCAGACGAUGACGAUGACGAUGUGGCAAAGGAGAAGCAAAGAAAAAACUCAGAAUCUUUGAAUUUAAUCAACAAUUCUUCUUUUAAAUCCAUCUCAUCGAUUAUUCCUGCUCCCAAGAACUCAAUGUCGUUGGGCGGUUCCUCCUCCUCCUCUUCGGGCACUGCACGUCGAUCGAUUCUCGAAGCUGAUGCCUCUCCUGCAGCGACCUCUACUCAUGGUAGUCUUUCUACUAAGCCACUUAAUGAUAAUAUUCCUAUUGAUAACUCGGUGAAUGAGAACUAUGCAAAUUACAAUACUUAUGCUAGUACUGGAUAUAAUGCUGCUGCUACCGAUACUUCUAUUGCGGUUCCACCUAGUAAUGAUUAUGCACCUUAUGAUGCUACUUACGCUGCUGCGUAUGGUCCUGCCUAUGAUGAUGCUUCCAAUUUGGCUCCCGCUACGGACAAUUAUGCUAAUUAUGAUGUUGCUUAUCCUGCUUAUGACACCAAUUACGGCCAACAAUAUGAAAAUAAAUGGAUUGAUAAGUCCAACACAACAACAGAGACACCAGCAAUGCCAGUAGAAAUUAUGGGUAGAAAUUCUGGAAAGAGAGGCAGGAAUGAUUUUCCUUCGGAGAUGAUUGAGGUUAAGCAGGAUGAGUUGAUGAAGAAUAGACCAAGGGAAGACACUGCCAAGUUGACUGGGAUUGCAUUCGGUCCUUCUUACCAGCCUGUUUCUGCCAAAGGGAAGCCUUCAAAGUUGCACAAGAGGAAGCAUCAGAUUGGUACUCUGUAUUUUGACAUGAGGCAGAAGGAGAUGGAGCUCGCAGAGAGGAGAGCCAAAGGAUUCCUCACCAAAGCUGAAACACAAGCCAAGUAUGGGUGGUAGGGUUGUCGAGGGUUACAACGUCAUCAUUUAAAGCUGAGCAAACCAAAUGUGCCAUGAUUGCUUGUUUUUAGACAAUUCCAAGAUGCGGGUUACAACGUCAUCAUUUAAAGCUGAGCAAACCAAAUGUGCCAUGAUUGCUUGUUUUUAGACAAUUCCAAGAGCAUCAUCAUUUGUCAAUGUAUGUACGAUGAUAUAAGUUACGAUGAUGCUGAAAUGUAACAUGAGAAGUUGUGGAUUAGUGUUUCAAGUGCUGAUCUUGUUGGUCAAUUCCCAUCAGCUUGUUAGCAACAUGAUAAAAUCAAUUGCUUGCUAGACUUUUAGAGCUUUUGUACCAUGUGCUGUCUGCUUAUUAAAGUGUUAUAGUGUA